AUGGAGGCUGGCUCCGUGGUCCGAGCAGUCUUUGAUUUCUGUCCCAGCGUCUCUGAGGAGCUGCCCCUCUUCGUGGGAGAUGUCAUUGAGGUACUGGCCGUUGUCGACGAGUUCUGGCUCCUUGGCAAGAAGGAAAGUGUCACAGGGCAGUUUCCUAGCAGCUUUGUGGAGCCUGUGGAUAUUCCCCAUUUGAAGCAGGGAGAGAAACUGUUUGUUUGUACCAGUGACUUCACAUCUCAAGAGCCAGGGAGCUUGUCAUUGCAGAGAGGAGACCUGGUGAUCCUGGGGGGGUCCCUGGCCUCCAGCUGGCUCCAGGGCAGAAGCAGCUGGGGUUCCAAGGGCUUUUUCCCCUCAUCAUGUGUGCGAGAGCUGUGCCUUUCAGUUCGGAGCCAUCAGCUGUCCCAGAGUGCUCUUCUAGAGGUGCCUGCCUACUCCCUGGGCCAAGCCCGGGCCCUGAUGGACCUGUCUGCUCAGCUGGAGGAGGAGCUGGACUUCAGGGAAGGGGAUGUGAUCAACAUUGUUGGCAUCCCAGAGCCUGGCUGGUUUGAGGGGGAGCUCAGAGGCCACAGAGGCAUUUUCCCAGAGGGUUUUGUGGAACUGCUUACUCCUCUGCGGACAUCAGGAAUCUCAGAAGAUCCAGAGCCACGAGAGACUUGUGACACCAAUGGGACAGUGGAGAUGCCCCCCAAAAGAGAGGAGGAUCCAGGGAGUACCUAUGGUGUUGCCCUCUAUCAGUUCCAAGCCCUGGAGUCCAAGGAACUGAAUUUUGAUGUGGGUGACAGGAUUCAGAUUGUAGGCAUUCUGGAGGAUGGCUGGCUGGAAGGGGAGCUGAGGGGGAAACGCGGCAUCUUUCCACACAGAUUUGUGAGGCUGGAAGCCUCUGAGCCUUGCAGGGAAAAGAUGGGUGCUGGGGAUCCCCAGGGUGGAGGCAUCCAUCAAGACUCAGAAAGCACCUGCUCUGAAGCUCUUCCUUUGCCAGGGAAAGAUGGCAAGGAAAAGGAGGAUGGAGGAGCUGCAUACCGUGAGCCUGACACCAUUUUGUCUUGCACAGCGGGGAGGUCAGAGGGUCCUCUUGGCACAGACUUGAGACAGCAUCAGUCCUUUCCCAGCACAGGACACCAAGGACCAUGUCCCAAAGACACAGUGGACUCCCCCCACUUCGACAGCACAAAGACUGUCAAUGGCCUUCGCACCUCUGUUCAGCUGGCUCCCCAGCAGAGCAACAGGCCUGGCCAAGCAGGAGAGUUGGAGCCUGGGGGGAGCGUUUCAGCCUCCCCAGGAGACUCAGAAACUCAUGCCUUGCCGGAGCGUGAUGGAGACAGUCCCACUGUACCCCCACACGCUGUCUGCUUCCCCCCAGAUCCUUGCAGGAGCCAGGCGAUUUCUUCUCCUAACAGCUGGACAGCAUCCGAGCCCCAGGAGAGCUGGAGCAGCACCCAGGACCUGGACAGUUUGGUGAAUGGUCAACAGGAGAAGCCCAAACCUUGUUCUUCCAGCCUAGGAGGUGCCCACGUGGGCCUGGACAUGUGGGCUGGGAGCUGGGGGGAAUGCUGCCCACUCACAGCACAGGGGGACAGUUGCACAGACCUGGACUCCAAACUGACAGAGCAGCUGGCGCAGUUUGAGAAAAGUCUGACAACCACUGCUGAGCAGGACAAGGUCUCCCGACACUUCUCCAUCCUGGACUACAGCUCUGAGAAGGACAUUGUCCGUGGGUCUCCUGAGUGUACCCCCCACGCCAGACAGCCAGAGAGGAGGAAGGCCCUGAGGCCACCCCCUCCUCGGCCCAGCAGCCUUGCGACAACUCCUGUGCACACACUGGGUAGCCAGGUGCCCAAAGGCAGAUCUCUGUCCUUCUCGGUGAAGCCCUCCCGGCCUGCGCCCCGGCCUCCGCCAAGCAACCAGCGGAGGAGUGUGGGCCCUCCUCAGCUUCACCCCAGCACCCAGGAGCAGCGGGCAGAGGAGGGACGUGAGGACUUGACGCGAGCAGGAACAGCUUCCCCCAGCUCCAUUCUGCUGACAAGGAUUGGAGAGGUGGAACAAGACCUGGAGGCUUACGGCAAGACCCGCACUGAGCUAAGCCUGAUGCUGGAGGAGCAGCAGGAUGAGCUGGUGAGAGCAGAGACCCUGGAAAACCUUGAUUUUUGUGACUCCAACAUCGAGAGCCUAAGCAUGGAGCUGCAGGAGCUGAGAGAGAUGACUCUCCUGUCCUCCCAGACACCAUCCUUGGAGACCUCCUUGGCUGCCACUGAGAGCCCAGAGCAAAGGAUGCUGGAGAAGAGGUCCAAGGUUAUUGAGGAACUGCUCCAGACGGAGCGGGACUAUAUCAGAGACUUGGAGAUGUGUGUGGAGAGGAUCAUGGUCCCCCUGCAGCAAGCACAGAUGCAGAAUAUGGACUUUGAUGGUCUUUUUGGAAACAUCCACAUGGUAAUUAGCUUCUCCAAACAGCUGCUGUCUACCUUGGAGGCUUCAGAUACCGUUGGGCCAGUGUUCCUGGCACAGCGUAAAGAGCUGGAGAGUGUCUACAGGGCGUAUUGCCAGAACCAUGAUGAGGCCAUCGCGCUGCUGGAAACCUAUGAGAAGGAUGAGAAGAUACAGAAACUACUCCUGGACCUGCUGGAUAGCCUCAGGAGCCUGUACACUGAGUGGGGCUGCACAAACUACAUUAACCUGGGCUCCUUCCUUAUCAAGCCAGUGCAAAGGGUGAUGCGGUACCCACUGCUGCUGAUGGAGCUACUGAGUGCCACCCCCGAGGCUCACCCUGACAAGGCACCACUCACAGCUGCUGUCCUCGCAGUCAAAGAAAUCAACGUCAACAUCAAUGAAUACAAGCGCCGGAAAGACCUGGUUCUAAAGUACCGGAAAGGGGAUGAAGAUAGCCUAAUGGAGAAGAUCUCCAAGCUUAACUUCCACUCUAUCAUCAAGAAAUCCAACCGUGUGAGCAGCCACCUCAAGCAUCUCACAGGCUUCGCGCCCCAGCUGAAGGAUGAAGCUUUUGAGGAGACAGAGAAAAAUUUCCGGUUGCAAGAGCGACUGAUCAAGUCCUUCAUCCGGGACCUUUCUCUCUACCUGCAGCACGUCCGGGAGUCGGCUUGCAUGAAGGCAUUGGCAGCAGUGAGCAUGUGGGACUUGUGCACAGAGAAAAGCAGUGGGGACUUGGACCAGUUCCAGAAAGUGAACCGGCUCAUCAGCGACCAGCUCUUCUCCAACUUUAAAGAGCGGACAGAGCGACUGGUGAGAUCACCCCUGAACCAGCUGCUGAGCAUGUUUGCAGGGCCUCACAAGCUGGUGCAGAAACGCUUCGACAAGCUCCUCGACUUCCACAACUGCACUGAGCGAGCAGAGAAGCUGAAGGACAAGCGAACGCUGGAGGAGCUACAAUCAGCCCGCAACAACUAUGAGGCUCUCAAUGCCCAGCUCCUCGACGAGCUGCCCAAGUUCCUGUGCUUCGCCAAGGAGCUGUUUGCCAGCUGCGUGCGGGGCUACGCCAAGGCACACUGUGACUUUGUGCGCCUAGCCCUGGAAGAGCUGAGACCUCUGCUGUCGUUGCUGAAGGUGUCUGGCAGGGAGGGAAACCUCAUUGCCAUCUUCCAGGAUGAGCACAGUCGAGUCCUCCAGCAGCUCCAGGCCUUCACCUUCUUCCCAGAGUCCCAGGCAGCUCCCAAGAAGCCUUUUGAAAGGAAGAGUGUGGAGCGGCAGUCUGCACGGCGGCAGCCCCUUGUUGGCUUGCCCAGCUACUUCCUACAGUCAGAUGACAUCCGAGCUGCCCUCCUGGCUCACUAUCCCCCAGAAAGUCUCUUCCAGGCAGACCGCAAUUUCAAUGCUGCCCAAGACCUGGAUGUCUCACUGCUGGAAGGAGACAUCGUGGGUGUCAUCAAGAAGAAGGACCCUAUGGGCAGCCAGAAUCGCUGGCUUAUAGACAACGGGGUGACCAAGGGCUUUGUGUACAGCUCCUUUCUGAAGCCCUACAACCCACGCCGCAGCCAGUCGGAUGUCUCUAUGGGCAGCCACUCUUCCAACGAGUCAGAGCACAGCAGCUCGUCUCCCCAUAGCAACACCACGCUGACCUUCAGCCCCAGUGGAGCAGCUGUCACCUUCACUCAGAGACCCCUGCAGGACUCUGCCGCUCCAGCAGACCCAUACGAGUCCGCACAGCCCCUCUCAGAGACAGACUCCCCCUCUCUGCCCCAGCUUGGCUCUGGUGGCAGGACAGCCCCACUGGAGCCUGGUACAGUGACAUCUCAGCGCCGCUACAGCCGCCCUGAGCUCGGCUGCAGCCCUAGUUCUCGCAAUGGGAACCCCACCAAAGUACAUCUCAGACCCGCAUCCUCGGUGGAGGACAGAGACUCUGGGCUAGAGAGCAGCGAGUCUGAGGGCAACCAGGUCUAUUAUGCUCUCUACACCUUCAAAGGCCGAAACAGCAACGAGCUGAGCGUGUCAGCUAACCAGAGACUCAGGAUCCUGCAGUUUGAGGACAUCACAGGCAAUCGGGAGUGGUGGCUGGCCGAGGCACAUGGGAAGCAGGGUUAUGUGCCCUCCAGUUACAUCCGGAAGACAGAGUACACGUGA